AUGCGCAUUCAUCAGGAAUGGCCCUGGGUACUGCCCGCGUUGGCAUGUUUGUUUACUUCGUCUCUUGCAAACAACGAAUUUCAAGAAGUGGAAAACGCAAACCAUAUCUUCAACGCCAUUCAGUCAACUUUGAGACAUUGGGGAAGUGGAAUUAACUACAAUGGCAUGUCUUUCUUCCUAGCUAGUGUGCCACAAGGCACCCAGUUUUAUCACGGAACUGGCCUCAAAGACCCAAUCAAAGGCACCGAAUGGCUCGCCUUUAAACCCGAACAUUCUCUGGGUUUCGCGCAUCGCAGUGGGGGGAGAAAGCCGAGAAAUAUGGAUGGCCUGAUCGAAUCUCCGGGACAGCAACCGCUUAACGACGCGCAGGAUACUGCAACAGAAGUGGAGGAAGGUGGAUAUCUUCAUACCUACGCGGCAGCACGGGAUCUCCGAUUACUUUACAUCGACGGGAUGUCAGCUGGCCCUGGAGCUGGAGCCGAGUCUCAAGAUCGAAUUCUUUACAAUGAUACCAUUGAUGGACAACGACCUGUGGAUGGGCCUUCUCUUGGUGGACCACCCCAAGAGCAACAACGAGCGAAGGAGGCAUGCCGCAUGGCCAAGGAAGAUUGGGGUGAUAGAAUUGAUGGAAUCGCCCGUACGGAAGGUGACUUUGAGAUCAUCCUUUGCAACUUUGAACGGGACCUCGAGCUAGUAUACAUUACUCAGACAAAGCCACAAGAGAAAUCUCCCGGUGGUCCAGGCCAUCCAGGCGGUCCUCGGGGCCCAGGUGGCCCAGGUGGCCCAGGUGGUCCCGGACACGGCAAGCCGAGAGGUCCUCGACCUGGCGGCGAUUUCAACUCUUUAUCUACCCGCUUCGAUGAGCGUCUCGGGCGGAAAGUUCGACUUGACUUUGAUCAUUUCGUUUCAGCCUACACCUAUGGGCUCAAUCUUUUCCCCGACAAUGCAUCCCUCCCCCAACUGGGACAUAUACCGAUCGAAAAACUGCAUCCCAUUCGUGAAGAUGUUACAGCCCUACUCAAUACACACAGUCCGUCUCUCAACGCAUUUGACUGGCAGAAUAUCGCGGAUAUGAUUGUAUACCGGUAUUCGGAUGAACUACAGACUUUGGCCGCAGGAGACUUCUCCUCUCUUCAAUCUCUACGUGAUCGCAUCGAGCAAUUACUGGAACCAUUCAUUGAUUAUCGAGACUUUGGAAACAGCGCAGCGACCAUCGAUCGAUGUACUACGGAAUGGAUUCCUACCUCGGCCCCUGUUCAUUCCCUCGGCGGACGCGCUGUGCGAACUGUCUCCCAAAAACUUUGCUCUACGUUGACUGCUGUACUUAUGAAUGACGACCUAGACUUGGAAGCCUCGGUGACUAGCUUGAAGGAAUUGAUUAUCUACCUUCAGUGGACAACCUGGGUGGCAAAGUGA